AUGCCGAUUUUACCUAAGGAGGAAACGGAGGGUGUCCGUACCCGAAGUCAACGCCAGCAGGAGACGGACCAGAGGAGGUUUGGUGGUGCAACGCCGCAGACGUCGGAGGGCCAACAGCUAGCCACGGAGACUGCGGGCCCGUCAGUAGCUCCUACAUCUGCAGCACCUGACUUAGGUGCUCUGAUGGCCAUGCUACAGGAGCAGCUGCAGCGCGGACGAGAGGAACAGGCCCGUCUGUUGAAAGAGCAGCAGGAGGAACAGGCUCGCCAGCAGGUGGAACAGGCACGCCGAUUGGAAGAGCAGCUGCGGGACGGACAGGAGGAACAGGCCCGUCGGUUGGAAGAGCAGAUGCUCCUCACGAAGGACCUUCACGCUACCUUCGGGAAGGAGAUAAAGGAGGUGAAGGAUAGGGUUGCUCAGCAUGACAACCGCCUGUCGGAAGCCGAAACCCAAAUCGUGAAAGCUGAAAACCGAAUCGAGAAAGCUGAAACCCGAAUCGACCAAGUAAACAAUCGGGUUGACAACGUAGUGGCUGACAUGAAGAAAUCACUAAACGACCUCAAACUUGGGGAUGGAACUACAGCUCCCGUAGUAGCUGCAGCACCUUCGCUACGUGGAUUCAAAGUGCCGCCGUUCGACGGGACCUCUUCCUGGUCGGCCUACAAAAUCCAGUUCGAGGCCGUCAUGGAGGCGAACGGCUGGAAUAAAAGCCAAGCCAUGACUGCACUCACCCUAGGCCUGCGUGACCAAGCCUUAACUGUGUUGGAAGCUCUCGGUAAGAAAGUGACCUAUGAGCAGCUUCUUGAGGCCUUGGAAGCGAGAUAUGGCGACGCUCAUCUGGAACACGUCUUUCGCGCGCAGCUUAAAGAUCGCGUGCAGCGCAGCAACGAGAACCUGCAGCAGUGGGCCCUUGAGGUGGAGAAGAUGGUUCGAAAAGCAUACCAGUCUGUACCUGCGCUCAUUGAAGGGAACCUGGUGCAGACAUUCAUCGACGGCAUCCGCGACCUUGAAGUCAGAGCUGCUGUGAGACUCGGGCACCACGACACGCUUAAGAACGCCUUGGCCCAUGCACUGGAGGUGGAAGCCGUGCGGCAGGAUCAUCGUUCCCAUCGCGUCAGGGAGGUUGCAGCAGCUACACUGCCCUAA